CAGAAAGUUUAAGUGACUUGUCCAAGGUACCAUAGCAUUUUUUCUUAUAAGGGUAAGAAAACUAUUAAGGACAUGUCAGCGAAUCAGCAAGAUUUAGAUCCAGAUAGCACUACAGAUAUGGAAGUUGUUAUUGAUACUGAAGAAGAACUUAUUAAAGAAUGUGAAGAAAUAUGGAAGGACAUGGAAAAAUGUCAGAAUAAAUUGUCACUUAUUGGAACUGAGACACUCACUAAUUCAAAUGCUCAGCUCUCAUUAUUAAUUAUGCAAAUGAAAUGUUUGACCGCUGAACUCAGUCAAUGGCAGAAAGAAACACCUGAAAUAACUCCUCUGACUGAAGAUGUUCUGAUAACAUUAGGACAAGAAGAGUUUCAAAAAUUGAGACAUGAUCUUGAAAUGGUACUAUCUACUAUUCAGUCAAAGAAUGAAAAGUCAAAGAAAGACUUAUCAAGAGAGCAACAGUGGUUGGAUGAACAGCAACAAAUACUGGAAUCUCUUAAUGUACUACAUAGUGAAUUGAAAAACCAGGUUGUUACAUUUUCUGAAUCAAGAAUCUUUAAUGAGCUGAAAGCUAAAAUACUUAGUGUACAAGAAUUUAAGGAGAAACUCUUGGUUUCUUUGGGUGAGUUUCUAGAAGACCAUUUUCCUCUGCCUGAUGGCAAUGUUAAAAAGAAACAGAAAAACAUUCAACAGUCAACUGUACAGCUGAUAACCCUGCAUGAAAUGAUAAUGAUUCUUAUAAAUAGAAUGUUUGAUGUUCCACAUGAUCCAUAUGUCAAAAUUAGUGAUUCCUUUUGGCCACCUUAUAUUGAGCUGCUGCUGCGUAAUGGAAUUGCCUUGAGACAUCCAGAAGAUCCAACCCGAAUAAGAUUAGAAGCCUUUCAUCAGUAAAAGGACAGUCUCUCUUCACACAGUGAAAAAUCUUGUCAUCCAAGGAUAAACUUGAGACUCUUUAAUAAAGAAUAUUAUUUGCAA